CCGAAUUGGUGAUAGCUACUGGUGUUGGUGGACAAAUAAAAGAUGGUGGAUUAUGCUAAUGUAUUUUUAGGUAAUAGAUGUACAUCUUUACAUAUUGUGUCUUCCCUGUAAAACAUUUAAAAAAUCGGACAUGUUGGCUGGAUUCACAAGAUCUGUGUCUUUCAUUAGCUGUAUUGGACUUUAAUGUGUGAAAGUUAAAUAUUUAAAAAAAAAAAAAAAAAUUGAAUUUCGCGGCACUGCUUUUUCAGUGGGGGUGGGGGGGAGUGCCGCUAGCGGCACCCUCAUCCUAGACAGGUUAAGGAACAAUGCCCACAUGAGCCUCCAACGUGCUGUUUACUGCCAGAAGGAGCAGGCGGACCGCCACUGCAUUGAGGCUCCCAUGUUUCAUCCUGGUGCUCGUGUCUGGCUCUCCCCCAGGAACCUCCCACUCCGCCUGCAGGAUGCUGAGCCCCCGGUGUGUGGGGCCCUUCAAGGACCUCUGGAGGGUCAACGAGCUGCAUUUCAUUCUUAACUACCUGUUGGUGAUGGGAGGAUAUUCGGAGAGCACUAUGCACGAGGACCAAGCUCGUAAAGAGCUGGAGAUGUUCAUCGAAGCAAGUCGUAUGAUAAGUCUUCUCAGACCGUAUGUGAAAGUUGUGGUGCUGUGGAUCAGUGGGUGGUUGAAGUAUGCUUUAGAGAGGGUGUGGAGAAUACCGUUCUCAGUGCCACACACCUGGGUGACAUCACCAGGCAACUCAGGUGAAGGACUGUAUGACAGGGUGUCAAAGGAGUGGCUAACCAAUGAGAUGUAUCGUACCUAUCACCAUGGAGAUGAAAGUGGAACAAUGGUUACAGUCCAGACCAGCACACAUGCCUUCCACGUGAACCUUGGUCGACUGACUGAAUGUAGUGAAUACUUCAGAGCCCUGUCCCAGUCCAGUAUGAGAGAGACCACAGAGAGCCUGAUUGUCCUGGACCACAUUCCCUCCUCAGUCUUCCAUUCCCUCCUAGAAUUCUGCUUCCGGAAUGACUUCUGCGUUCCCCAGGAGGAGUUGGGAGAACACAUCCAAGUGGGCAGCUACCUGCUGGCUGAGGCCUUUGUGUCGCAGUGCCUGUUGGCCCUGUCUGGUGUUCUAACCUCAGACACCUGCCUGUCCUACCUGGCUCUGGCCCGGGAUAUCUGCUGUACUGAGCUGGAGACAACUGUGUUCUGCUACCUCAGCAGACACCUGCUGGAGCUGCCUCACCUCACCAGGUGUUUGCCGGCUGAAGACAGGGCUGAACUGGCCCGUCUGAGGUGGCAGGGUGAUCUCCGGCUCUGCUGCGUGAGAAAGGAGAACCUGACCUCCUGGAAUGACCUAGAAACAGAAGCUGCCCGCCACCUCUUCACCCUAGAGGGAUCAGAGGUCACUGGUGACUGGCGUCCAAUAACAGAGCUCCCCUUCAUGGCUGAUAAGUGGUGCUUCACCACGGUGGUUCUACUCAACUACCUCUACCUCAUCGGUGGCUACAGGCAGCGGGCCAAGAGGGGCUGGGAGUUCAAAAUGGCCUCCUUUAGGUACAACCCCUUCACCAACACCUGGGUCUCCACUGCACCUCUCAUCAAGCACAGGAGGCAUUUCAGUGCAGUGUCAUGUGAUGGCUCUAUCUAUGCUGUGGGAGGCUGGUACUUGGACUCUCUGGUGACCCCUGACUCCAGCACAGCCCUCUACACUGCUGUGGAGCGAUACCACCCCUGGGACAACACAUGGACGUUUGUCUCCUCUCUGCCUCUGACUGACUUACAGUUCACCAUGUCCCUGUCACAUGACCUCCCUCUGGCCACCAGCCUGGGCUCCCGUCUCUAUGUCCUGGGGAACAUCCAGAGGACUGGGGAAAAGCUGCUUCUACAGUAUGACACCAGGCAAGACUUAUGGUCUGAGCUGCUCCCUACCCUAACCAAAGCCAAUGCUGACCUCCCCAGCCUCUACUUCCUGGGUGCCACAGACCGGUUGUUUGUGAUUGGAGGAAACAACUCAGAGAAUGUGGUGACAUCAUUCUGUGUGGAGUCUGGGAAGUGGGGGCAGGUGAAAGGGGCUGAGAAGGUAGCGUUAGCUGGACAGGGGACAGUGCUGAGUGACCAGGUGUACAUGCCAGGUAUAGAACACAACGCUGCUGUAAGGCUGGAUCUCCACUCCCUAUCUCUCACUGUCCUACCUCCUCUACCCAUCUGCAUUCGCUAUGAAGCCCUCCUUCACCUUUCCUUCUAAAAUAACUUUCAUCAAUUUGUCUGAUUUGCCUUGCCUUGCUGUUUCUGGGGUUCAGGUCAGGGUUUUUGUUUAGUGCUUCUGGACAAACACAGACUCAUCAUCAAGGGGGUCUUUGCUACAUGUGUACUUCACCAUUCUGUGUCAGCAACAAUAUGCCUUGUCCUGCUUUCACUCUGCCUUAUAUGACAACUUUUUAACUUAAGUAGGCCUAAUCUAAAGGAGAUAACUCACCGGACCGAUUGUCGGUCUGUACAGUAGGGGGCUUGCCCAGGUGUCGUCCGGUUUCUGUUCAGUUUGCAAAUUACAGCCAAGACUCUGUUCAGAGGUGCUAAGUACUCUUGCCAGCAGAUGCUAGACAAUCCUAGCGGUCUGGUCGUCUCUUAAAUCUUUACCUUGAGGAGGAUGGGCUCCCAAUCUCGUUUUCUUCUUAGUCAGGUUCCUUUUAAAGGUUUCCUAUGGAGUUUUUCCCAGUAACCACAUUUCCUUCCAGUUUUUAUGCGAGUGAAGUUAUACCAUAUAAAAACAAUCACGAGAGCUGUGGUGGAAACAGGCAGUUUUGGUACAAUUGUAUAAAUGCCGACAGAUAAUUUGUGCGUUCGACAUGGUGGGAUCUUUUUGUGUUGGUAAAAUUCAUUAUGCGAGAGAUGGCGGUGCAGUGGAAACAACUUAAUGUGCAAGUAUUGAUAUAUUCUAACAAUAUCGAAGGUAACUUGGAGUCACGUGUGAUGAUAUGGUGUGUGGUCCUAUUACUAAGACUCGGGAAAUCAUGCAGUUUAUUAGGAUACAGAUGAAAUAAGUGAUGAUGAAUUUCACAUAAGUGUGCCGUGAUGAGUUUGAUGCUCCUUUCCAAUAAAUGUUGAGUGUGACAUGAUGAUUGAUGCUUGACUGCCAUUUGACAAAUAAAAAUAUUCUGUCUCUUAUCCAUAAUAAUCUCAUCAUGUAGACUCACUAGCCUACCCGUACAUUGUGCACAGCCUACCCGCACUGUACAGUAUCUGCCAGCUCUUGCCUAGAAGCGCACAUGCAAAGUACAGAGUAGGCACAUUUGCUAUUUAA